CUCACUUUUCUACAUUUCCGCAAGGAUUUUCUUGGACCAGAAUUUGCCAUGAACAGCAAUUCCCAGUGGAUGGACGGUAGCCGUCCAUGAUAACCCGAGGGCAGAGCCCUUGUGGAUGCGAACCGUCGCUCGUGAAGAGCUCUUCGAAUUCCGUUGAAAAGUUGAGAUAUGAAAAGUCGAAUUCGCAUCCUUUUAGCCUCUUCUUCUUGUAGUUCUUCCCCGUGUUCCCUUCAAUCGGCCGCCCAUUUUUGGAGCUGCGAAUAAACGUGCUCCACGUGAUAAGGACUCUCUGGAUCUCAAGGAAUGGUGGAAACCUUUUUAGUGGGACAAAGAACAGUUGGGAGUUGUUGAUAUGUCGAUUUCUCGUUCUUCAUCCGCGGUAAAGCUGUGAAUUCAUAGCUUAUUACAUCGAUUCGUCUCCUGGACGACUCAUCUGAAAUCCCUACUCUGAGAUUCUCAAACCCAGUUCUUCGACGCUGGUCUAGCAUUUCCCUCUCACACUUUGCCUUCCUUGAGCUCCUGGCUUUCUGGGUUAUCGUCUUUGUUCUAAGGACUAAAGGCUCCCUUCUGCUCCGGAGGUUUGUUCCAUCUUGCUUAAAGGUCGCGUCUUCCAUUUUCGCUAGUGAAUGGUGAUUAGGAUUUCCGGUUUGAUUUGAUUUCAAGUUCUCAAGUUGCACUACCAACUCUGGAUAAGUUUGAUUCAGAAUUUUGCUCUUGCAAUUGUGAAUUCAGGCAUUAAUGGGAGAGACAGAAGUGGACAGAGCCAACAUGGACAUUCCCAAGUGGAAGGAGAAUGGGAAACGGAAGGGGUUUGAUCCAUCAUUUCUAGUGCAGCUACCCAACAAGCUUCACAAUUCUUUGAAGUCGCAGCUGAGGAGAUUUGAUAUAGCAAAGAACAAGGUAGGAAACUCCCCCAGAAAGGAAACUGGGUCAUCGGCUGCAAUUGGGAUUGGUCUAGACAAGCAGUUGGAGGCUUGGAGAGAAAAUCCUUCUUGGGUUGAUCAACCUCCAGUUAUACAGGUCAGUGUACCAAAGGGAUCUCUCUGCAACCUCAGUGUGAAAGUCAAUGUUGGGUUGCCACCUGAUGCAAUUUAUGAUAUAGUGAUCGACCCUGACAACAGGAGGGUUUUUAAGAACAUUAAGGAGGUGAUAUCCAGGAAAGUUCUGUAUGAUGAUGGCCAGAGGCAGCUGGUUGAAGUUGAACAAGCAGCUAUAUGGACAUUCCUUUGGUGGUCAGGGACCAUGUCUGUCCAUGUGUUGGUUGAUCAAAACCGCAAAGAUCACUCUAUGAAGUUCAAGCAAGUGAAAACCGGAUUUAUGGAGAGAUUUGAAGGCUCCUGGAAAGUAGAGCCUCUGUUUGUUGAUGAACAAAUUUGCCAUCCGUUGAAGCCUAAAACGUGGGCAGAUUAUGAUUCCUGCACUGGAGGGAGAGGGAGGAUAGGAUCAGUAGUAAGCUUGGAACAGUUGAUCCAGCCAUCAAUAGUUCCACCUCCACCUAUAUCUUGGUACCUGAGAGGAAUCACCUCCAAAACCACUGAGAUGAUUGUGACUGACCUUCUUGCUGAAUCUGCCAGAAUCAGGGAAGGCAUCAAUGGUCCCCAGUUGGAAGAAUCCGAGACAAUAAAAAAUGGGUUUGAUCAAGAACGAAAAAUGGAGUCAUCUAAUAUCAAAGAAAGGUGGAUGGUACAUAGGAAGAAUGCAAAGAAGCAGCAUAAAAGACUCUUCCCUGCUGCAUACCCUUCUUCACGAGAUUGAUUUGCAAACUGGGAACUUUCUGUUUCUUAGUAGUGGUACUUGUGUAAACUAAAGAUUUCAAUUAUGAUGUGGUUUAGAAAACGAUACGACCGAGAAAUUUCUUUUGAAAUCCUCCAAAUUUCGUUGUUUGUCACUUUUUGUGAGUGGUCUAUCUUGAGAAACAUUCGAAGUUCAGAAUGAGUGUUUCUUUGGUGACCGGGAGAGAUUUUCCAUAGAGUUCAUAUUGGUAUUUAGGAUAAUGUAUCGUACCAAUUAACUAUCAUAAAGUCAUUAUAAAAAAAAAAAAAAGGGUUAAA